UAUGAUGUCCUGCAAACGACGCCGUUCUACUUGUCCCGGUCAACUGCUUAAACCCUAAAUCCCUCUUGUAUCUUCACGAAGCAAAAUCUAGUACCCAUCGGAAAGACGACUCCAUCUCUUCAUUCCCCCAAACACAGAGCGACUCCAACUCUUGUCAAAUUGAUCAACUUUGAAAAUGUUGGAUGAGAGUAAAUUUGAUGUGCAUUUAAAAUUGUGGGCGCUUCGGAUUCCUCGUGAGCUUUGCAAGGUCGCCACUCGAAUACUAAAUGGAUAUUUGCUUGAUAAACCACGCAUUAAGCCGAUUACGGAGGACCCAACAUGUGAAAGAAACCGUUACAUGAUAUUAUCGGAGAGGGUGCAAGAUUCCGACCUAUCUAUUAUUCCGGAUACAAUUCUCAAUGAACUGAAGGAUUUAUGCAAGAUUGAAGUAGUUCCAUAUUCGUUGACUCUCGGGUACUCAUAUUGGGGUGCAGACCAUAUUUUGAAGCAGAUUCUGCCCCCCGGAGUGGAGGUUCCUUCAUCUUUUGAAACAAUAGGUCACGUUGCCCAUCUGAAUAUACAUGAUGAGUUAAUUCCCUACAAGGAUGUGAUUGCCAAAGUUAUUUAUGAUAAGAAUUAUCCAAGAAUCAAGACAAUUGUCAAUAAAGUUGGAUCUAUUUCAAAUGAGUUUCGCGUGCCAAAGUUUGAAGUUUUAGCAGGAGAAAAAGAUAUGGUUACAGAAGUGAAACAAUAUGGAGCGACUUUCAAGCUUGACUACAGCUUGGUCUAUUGGAAUUCAAGAUUGGAACAUGAACAUAUAAGGUUGGUUUCUCAGUUUCGAGCUGGGGAAGUCAUAUGUGAUAUGUUUGCUGGUAUUGGCCCUUUUGCUAUUCCUGCCGCACAGAAAGGAUGCAUCGUGUAUGCAAAUGACUUAAAUCCGGAUAGCAUUCAUUAUCUGAAGAUCAAUGCAGAGAUUAACAAGGUUGGUGACCAUGUUCGCACAUACAAUCUUGAUGCGAGAGAAUUUGUUUCUCAAUUGAUGGCAGUGCCUGACUGUGGGAAAGAAUUGAAUUCAGAUGCGUCCAUGCUCAAAUCUUGCGAGACAUGUACCAAUCAGGGUAGUCAGGAAUCAGAAUCAGGCAAUGGAAUGCUAAACGUUGAGGCAAAAGAGGUACUAGAUAGUGUUACUUCUAAUGUGGACGGUCUACAAAGUUCUAGUAGGAAUACAGAUGCUUCAGUACCUCCAGUUAAAAGACCUGCAGAUAUUUGUCAAUCAGAGAAUGGAAUUGUUAAUGGCACAAACGUUCUUGUAGCUGGUAGGAGCAAAGGAAACAAGAAUAAGAGAUUAAGAGGCUCUGAGAUGAUCAAUGUCAAGACUUGGGAGCAUGUUGAUCAUGUGAUAAUGAACCUUCCGGCUUCUGCUCUUGAAUUUCUAGAUGCAUUUAGAGGGGUGAUCCAGAGAAAAUAUUGGAGGGAAACUCUUCCUUUGAUUCACUGCUAUUGCUUCAUCCGAGCAAGUGAAACGCAAGAAUAUAUUAUUUCCGAGGCAGAGGCUGCUUUGAAGGCCCAUAUAAAAGACCCAAUAUUUCAUAGGGUUAGGGAUGUUGCUCCAAACAAGGCAAUGUUUUGCUUAAGCUUUAGGCUGCCAGAAGCGUGCCUUAAUUAAGAUGUCACGGAAGACCACAGAUAAGCACCGAUGGGCCUCAUUGUUUCUGGUGGCUUGUAUCGCCUUCAUUUUGGAUUUCGCUAAUGGAGAAAAUACCCCAACUGAAGCUGGUUUUGCAUGUUCACCGCUAAUACAGAAAUCUGGCCAACUAAAAGAAAGCCACAUCCCUGCACCAAGUGACCAAACAAGUUACUUCAAAUAUUUAACCUUGAAGAAUUCAAGAUCAAGGUGACAAUCACAGACAAGUGGUAUGGCGUUAUGGACCAACCUUGUACAAAAUGUGACUAGUGAUUAUAUUUCAAUUUAUCAUCAUUCAGUGUUUUCUGUGCUUACACCUGUACUCUGGUCUGUUUGGUCAAGGCAUACCAGCAAAGAUCUGAUGCCAUUCCUGCAACUUAGUACAAGUGUCUGUGAAAACGCAGUAUCACAGUUUGAGUUAUGUUUUGACUAUGACUAUGACAGUUUCACUUAUCUUUUGACUCUGAUAGUAAUGAUUUAUUACCA